UCAAAGACAAUAUUUUGCCUCCCAAAGAUGCUUUUACUGCACAAGAUAAAAAUCCAAGUAUGGGAUUCCUAUAUUUCUGGACAGAAUGACCCAUUUCUCUGUAGGUAAUAAAAAAGGGUGUUAAAUUUUAGGAUCGGGAGGCACAUGCUCUAGAAUUCUCUAGUUGUAAAUGAUUUGCAAAAUGAUAGGCCAGGUUUGCAAGCAUACUGCAUAUUGUUAAAAUUUGCAAUCUUGUUUCCAGAAAGUCUACUCUGCCAUUUUACUUAUUCAAAUUUUCUUUCAAGAUAAAUUAUUUUCUAGGUGUGCAUUAAAAUGAUGUAAUAGUAUUGUAACCCAACGGGCCCUCAUAAUCUAGAAUUAUCUGACUGUGUGACCUGGUCUCAGACUGUUUUCAGGCCUCCCAAACCAGAUUAAUAGAUAUAGAAUCCAGUUUAAAGGAUUUAUGCCCCAAGCCAAAUUUUCAGAUCUCGAAUAAGGGAAACAACUUCCAGAAGUUUCAGUAAACCCCAAGCUCUCGAUAAAAUAAGACAUCACACUCUUUUAUAUCCAAUCAUCAAGCUAUUUUCAAUAUGAAGCAGAAGAUUAUGGAAAUCCCACCUUUUGUAAUCCCCACAACCAACAUGAACCUCAACAAGCUGGAAAUGAAAAGAACUAACUGGAAUGCUAAGGCCUCCAUUGUUGCAAAGAAUACAUUUAAUCCUAUCCGUAAUAUCCUAGAAACUAUUGACAUCACUCCCAACCCUCAAAAGAAGAUGAUUUCUCUCUCUAUUGGUGACCCUACAGUUUUUGGAAAUCUAAAGCCUGCAAAAGAAGUUGUUGAGGCUGUGACAGCCUCUUUACUUGCUGGCGUUAACAAUGGGUACGGCCCCAGCACCGGGUUUUUGCCUGCUAGAGAGGCAGUUGCAAAGCAUGUCAGUGUACCCGGAGGAGAGGUUACUGCUGAAGAUGUUAUUCUCUGCUCCGGAUGUUCAUGCGCCUUGGACAUAGCAAUUUCUACUCUUGCAGAAGAUGGACAGAACAUUUUAGUUCCAAGACCUGGAUUUCCUUUGUAUACAACUCUUUCUGCUGGAUUAGGUAUUGAGACCCGUGAAUACAAUCUCCUCCCCGAGAAUGACUGGGAAGUUGAUCUUCUUCACAUGGAGUCCUUAAUUGACGAAAACACUGCAGCUAUCAUCGUAAACUCACCAUCCAACCCAUGUGGCAGUGUGUUUACUCCUGCCCACUUGAAGCAAAUUCUAGCCGUUGCUGAGAUGUACAAGGUCCCAAUCAUUGCUGAUGAGAUCUACGACAACUUUGUUUUUCCUGGCCAGACUUAUGUCCCUAUUGCUUCCUUGACUACCACUGUACCUGUUUUGUCCUGCGGUGGACUCACAAAAAGAUUUCUAGUUCCAGGUUGGAGAAUGGGUUGGAUUGUUAUUUAUGACAAACAGAAUAUAUUUGCCCAGGAAAUAAGAAAGGGUCUUCUUUGUAUGAGCCAGAGAAUCAUUGGAUCUAACACUUUGAUCCAGGGUGCACUGCCAACCAUUCUUCAGAAUACUCCAAAAAGUUUCUUCGAGGAGACUAUACAUAUUAUCAAGUCCAACGCUGAUUUGGCAUACAAGAAGCUGAAGGAAGUCCCUGGUCUUAUGCCUGUCAUGCCCCAGGGAGCUAUGUAUAUGAUGGUCAAAGUUGACAUGUCAAGAUUUCCUAUGUUCCGGUCUGAUCUUGACUUUGUUGAACGCUUGGUAAGCGAGCAGAGUGUAUUCUGUCUCCCUGGCAAAUGCUUCAACUAUCCCAACUAUUUCCGAAUAGUUCUCACCGUACCCCAGGUACUCCUCUCUGAAGCUUGUGAUAGAAUGCUUGAGUACUGCAGCCAGCACUUGGUGUGUCCACCUCCUUCACGUCUUGUUGGACUUCUCGUUGAGAACAGAUCACUGUAUGCUACAUAUGGGAAGAAGUACGGAAUGUUCCUGGAUAACCCGCACUCAAGCAACUGGCAUUCAACUUGGCAACUGGCUGUUACUAUGGCAGAUGCAAUGAGAAAUGAAAAUAAUCGAAAGAAUUCAAAUGCAGGGGAGUUAAGAAAGCUAUCUUCAACAAGAAACACGUGAUACAAUACGAUGAAGACAUAUUUUCAUACCAAACUCUGAAUUGGUAUUUGUUUGAUGUACCUUAUAAUUAUCUACCUAAAUGCUAAAGAAUUGAAAACCAG